AUGGCUGCAAAGAUUUUACAUUCUUUGACAGACGAUAAUCCAGAUUUGCAAAAGCAAAUAGGGUGUAUGACAGGCAUCUUUCAACUGUUCGAUCGUCAGCCUAUUCUUACUGGGAGGCGCAUCGUUGGCCACAGCUCGAAGAGGUUGCCUCCUGGAAAUUCCCACUUCCAUAAUGACACUUUGGAAACAGAGUCUAAUACUGCAGAACGAAGAUCUGCACCAGUGGAAAAGUUUUCCAAUAAUAACAUACAAGAGAGACAAAGAGUCUCCACAGAAUUGUCCAGGGCCUCAUUCUCAUCCUCACGUUCAUCUUCUUUCUCUUCUCCUGACUUUAACCGAACUAAUCAAUUAGAACCUAUGUCCUUUGACCGCAUGAUUUUUCCUGAAACUCCUUCAAGAAAUCCAGCAAUGAACGUGCUAAAUUCAUCUCCACAAUAUAGUCGACAAGCCCUUGAUCUUCCGGAUGUCGUGAAGGACUCUAUGUACAAUGAAGUUCAGGGUUUAUCAGUUAAAGCCAAAACCAUAGAGGAGGCACCAGAUCUUACGGUGAAGUUCAAGGAUUUCCCAAGGCAAAUGCCAAGAAUUAUGGAUGGUUCUCAGGACUCAGCUAAAUUUCGAGAAGCGCCUUGGUAUCAUAAUGAACCGAGAGAACUUUUAAGAUCAUCAUCCUACCACUCAAAAGACAGUUCUUUGUUCUCAAUUUCAAAAGAUGCCCGUAGAUUUUCUUAUGAUGGAAGGGAAAUAAGCUACAUACCCUUUGAAUCACGGGACUUUUCCAAUUCUACCCAAAAGCUUAAAGAUCUUGCAAGACUUUCAUUAGACAGUAGAGCGGGUUCAAUGUGGAAUUCAAAUGCUAAUUCGAAAUCCAUCUUUCAUGCCAAAACGUCGCACAAGGAUAGUGGUGAGUUUAAUGGUAAGGUUCAGAGUCUGCAACAAACAUCAGGAAAUCAGGCACGGCCGACAAGCGUUGUAGCAAAGCUGAUGGGUUUAGAGAACCUGCCUGAUUCUGUUGUAGCUGGCGAUACCAACUCGAGCUCUGGGAGAACUUAUCCGGUGGAAGAAUUUGUUAACUUUUCGAGGUCAUCUGCGGAAACAGAUUCAUCGAAUCCAAUCCAACUGUCUAGUUCCUCAAAGUUAUGGAAAGAGCCUAGUUCACCUCGUGGGAGAAAUCCUGAUUCCAUGACGAGACAUAUAUCCCAAUUUUCCAUUGAAUCGGCACCAAAGAAGCAAAUUGAUAUGACUAGACUUUCUUGGAAACAAGCCUCUAGAAGUACGCGAGGUUCAGCCAAGGUGCCAAACACCUUUCCUUCUGUUUACAGUGAGAUAGAAAAGAGAUUGAAAGAUCUCGAAUUUGCACAUUCUGCAAAGGACCUUAGAGCACUUAAACAGAUACUGGAAGCUAUGCGAGCCAAGGGACUCUUAGAAUUCCAAAAUGAAGGACAAGAUUAUAAUGUGACAUGUGCAAAUGACCAUGAGCAAAGGUAUGCAAGUUCCAGACUUGAUGAAAGAAUAGUAAAUAACCAAAAGCUUCAAACUAAUCUAGUUCUUGCAUCCUCCCAAAAGAGGGCCGAUUCUCUGAGACAUUUUGAAUCUCCAAUUAUAAUCAUGAAACCAGCAAAACUCGUUGAGCCCGAUUCUUCUGUAAUUUCACUUGAUGGCUUUUCUGGUCUAUCCAAACUUCAAGGUGGUGAGUUCAUUGAUAACAGAAAGGGUUUAAGUAGCAGAAGAGCUGCUAAAGAUCAGAUUUUGAGAGAAAGAAACAGAGAAAAUUCUGUGAACGCUGUCAAUAUGAGAACAGACAACGGAAAUUUAAAAACUGCACAUAUUUCAGAAAGAACCCAAGAGUUACACAAAGAAAGCACCCCGGGGAUCAGAAAGAGUUCAGAAUCCAUUAGCCCAAGAAUGCAACAGAAGAAACUAGAGCUGGAAAAGAGAUACAAGCCACCCACACCUCCUGAUUCAAUCAAAUCAAGAAGACAAUCAAACAAACAACAAGAAGAGGUGAGCUCCCCAGGUGGCUUACGCAGGGCAAAGCAUCCCAACUCACAUCAAAGCAAUGACAGACUGAGUGAAGGCGGCAGCAAAUCGAGAUAUUUGAAUUUCCAGAAGAAUGAAUUUUCUGUUCAUUCCAAUGGGGGUUUCAUAUUAGGCUCAAAAAAUGUGGAAGUAACUAGUUUUGAUGAAAAUUCUCCUGAGAUAAUGAAGUCUGCCGAGUUCUUGAUAUCUGGAUCAGUAGAGAAGAAACUCAACCGGAUGGUGAGUGAAAAAGAACAGGCAGAGGCUCGUGCUCCUCUUGAGUACCCCAGCCCUGUCUCUGUUCUUGACAACAAUGAAUAUACAGAUAAUUCACCUUCACCAGUAAAGCACGUUGGAAAGACCCUCAAGGGAGAUGAAUCCAUCAACUCGGAUAGAAUUUUAAACACGGUGGAAGGCAUUUCAGCGGAUGAUUUCAUACUGAACUCCAGGAGAUCUGGUAAUACAUCUGAAAUUAAUGGAAAGAAACUACAGAGCAUCGAAAACUUAGUUCAGAAGCUUAGAAGGCUGAACUCGAGCCACGAUGAAGCACAUACAGAUUAUAUUGCCUCUCUCUGUGAGAACACGAACCCCAACCACAGAUAUAUUUCCGAGAUUUUAUUAGCUUCAGGUCUCCUCCUUAGAGACCUCGGCUCGAGCCUGACAACUUUCCAUUUUCAUCCGUCUGGACAUCCUAUCAAUCCUGAGUUAUUUCUGGUCUUGGAACAAACUAAGGCUAGCAGUUUACGCAAGGAAGAGUUUAGUACUGAGAAGACAACUCAACUGCUUACCAAGGAGAGAUCUCAUCGGAAACUCUUCUUUGAUGUUGUAAACGAGAUUCUUACUAGAAAAUUAGCUUUUAUCGGACCCUUAUCUGAGCCUUGGUUGAGACCGAAUAAGCUGGCAAGGAAGGACUUGAAUGCACAAAAGCUUCUCAAGGAAUUGUGCUCUGAGUUUGAAGAACUUCAAAUGGAAACUUCAAAACGCAGCUUCGAUGAUGAGGAAGGAGGACUGAAAAAAAUCUUACACGAAGAUUUGAUGCAUCGAUCAGAAACCUGGAUACAUUUCAAUGGUGAAAUUUCAGGUAUCGUCCUGGAUAUUGAGCGCUUAAUCUUCAAAGAUUUAGUUGACGAGGCUGUGGUUGGCAAAGUAGCUGGUUUGAAGACCAAACCAAUUCAGCGUAGACAGAUCUUCGCAGAAUAG